CUUACCCAAACAUGCCCUCAGAAGCUUCAAGACACUCCAACAUCUAAAAAUGUCACCGGAAAAAGAAACCCUAGAAAUCUCCCCACCCUCACCACCACCACCCCCACCAGAAAUGGACCAAGAAACACCACUUUCACUACCACUCAUCUUAACAAGCAAAGAAACCAUCUUUUCACCACCACACCCACCACCACAACAGUUAACAGAAACCCCAGAAAAACCCACAAACCACAUCCCACAAUCCAUGGUUUCUUUCAAAGAAGAAAGCAACAUGAUCAAAGAUCUUUCACAUCUGGAAACACUCUCACUCAAUGAGCUCAAACUCAUGGUCCAAGAAGCAAUAGCCAAUAAAGACUCAACCUUUACACCUAACCCAGAUCAACCCACUUCAGAAAUCUCAAUUUGGGGGAUACCCCUGUUCAAAGACGAAAGAACUGAUGUGAUCUUGCUUAAGUUCUUGCGUGCUAGAGAGUUCAAAGUCAAAGAUUCUUUCAUAAUGCUAAAGAACACAUUCUUGUGGAGAAAAGCCUUUAGCAUUGAUGAUUUAGUGGAUGAAAACUUCAACAAUGAUCUUGAAAAAGUUGUGUUUAAUCAUGGGUUUGAUAAAGAGGGACACCCUGUUUGUUAUAAUGUGUAUGGUGAGUUUCAAGAUAAGGAGCUUUAUAAUAAGACAUUAACUGAUGAGGAAAAGAGGACUAGUUUUUUGAAGUGGAGGGUUCAGUUUCUUGAAAGGAGUAUAAGGAAGUUGGAUUUUAGGCCUGGUGGGGUUAAUACUAUUUUUCAGGUGAGUGAUUUGAAGAAUUCGCCUGGGCCCGGGAAGCGCGAGCUUCGGUUGGCUACCAAGCAGGCUUUGCAGGUGUUGCAGGAUAAUUAUCCUGAGUUUGUAGCAAAGCAGGUUUUCAUUAACGUUCCAUGGUGGUAUUUAGCUUUUUAUUCGAUGAUGAGUCCGUUCAUGACUCAAAGGACUAAGAGCAAGUUUGUGUUUGCCAGCCCAGCAAAAACCGCCGAAACCCUUUUCAAAUAUGUGGGUCCAGAGCAUGUUCCGAUUCAGUACGGCGGGCUGAGUGUAGAUUAUUGUGAUUGCAAUCCAGAGUUUACGAUUGAUGAUCCAGCUGCGGUUGUUACUGUUAAACCGGCAACCAAACAAACUGUGGAGAUUAUCGUAAAUGAGAAAUGCACGAUCGUGUGGGAGCUAAGAGUAGUGGGGUGGGAAGUGAGCUACAGUGCGGAAUAUGUGCCGAAUGAUGAAACUAAUUACACCAUUAACAUACAAAAACCGAAAAAGAUGACAGCAAUCGAUGAACCGGUUAUAAGCCAGAGUUUUAAGAUCAAGGAGCUCGGUAAAAUACUUCUCACCAUCGACAACCCUACUUCAAAGAAGAAAACACUACUUUACCGGUUCAAAGUUGAUCCUCUUUUGGAAUGAAGAACAUCUACAGUUACUGAAACUUCAGACGUAUGAUGGGUUCGUGUUUGUUUAUGUUAGCUAGAUGUCGCAUAGCGGAUCUUUUGUUAAAUUUUUUUCGACCGGUUUUUUGUUGUUGUGCUAUACUACUUUUAUCAGGCUGCUUUCUUUUUUAAGGUGGCUUGAUGUGUAUGUUAAUUGGUUGUUGACUUUGGUAUGAAUUUGAUGUUUAGAGUGUUUGUAAUUGUGCCUAUUGAUAUGAAUUUGGUUUGGUAUGCA